AAGAAGCUACAUCUUUCCCUCAAGUCUGAUGUGGAUAGGUCUGCUUCGCCCUCAGACUUGAUGUACAGUUGACCGGAGGCCUGUUGGGACGCCUGAGAAGCGACGCGGGGACUCUCGGUGGACAGGAGCCCGACGCACAAGAUGAGAUUUUCGGCGCUUGUUGCUGUGCUUCGCUCGGUCGGCCCAGUGAUAAUCGGCAUUUCUUUAGGGUUCACGCUGAGUUUACUGAGUGUGAACUGGACGGAGGAAGCGUGUGAACUAGACGGUAAGAAAGUUGAAGAUGUGACUCUGGGUCAGGAUGGACAGCUCAAAGGAGCCCGAAAGCCCAACUCCAUUUCCACUGCCAACGACGUGGACUCCGAAGAGGAUUUUGAACCAAAAAUACUCCCAUAUAAACAAGUCCAGCAGAGUGCCCCAAAGAAAGUUUUCAGGGCAAAAUACAUAAGCACAGAGUUGGGUAUACGAGAGCGUCUGUUCGUCGGGGUCCUGACAUCCAAAAACAGCAUUAACAUCCUGGGCGUAGCUGUCAAUCGCACCAUCAGCCAUCACCUGGACACUGUGGUGUUCUUCACUGGCAUGCGCAACCGCAAAGUCCCCCACGGCAUGUUUGUAGUCUCCCAUGGAGACGAGAGACUGAUAUGGAACAUGUUUCAGACCAUCAAAUACAUUUUCGAACAUUAUAUCAAUGAAUAUGACUGGUUUUACUUUGUCCAAGAUGAUGCCUACACAGAAGCUGACAGGAUCAAAGAGCUCGUAGAUCAUCUGAGUAUGGAUCGAGAGCUUUACAUGGGCAGUCCUGAGGAGUUCAUAGGCGGGGAGAUGGAAGGGAAGUACUGCUACGGAGGAUUCGGGUACCUCCUCUCACGGACUUUGCUCCUGAAACUUCAACCAUUCCUAGAAAACUGUAGGAAUGACAUCCUGAGCGCUAGACCCGACGAGUGGCUCGGACGAUGCAUCAUUGAUUACACCACCGUAAACUGUGUCAGUGAAUAUGAGGGGCUUCAAUACCACCAUUACGAGUUGGGAAAAAACUCUGAUCCAAGUAAAGAGCAGAGUGAGCAGUUCAAGAAAGCCCUGACUGUCCAUCCAGUGUCUGACCCUGAGCAGAUGUACCGACUGCACAGAUACUUCACUGAGAUUGAACUGCAGAAGACUUACGAUGAGAUUGCUAAGCUGCAGGCAGAAAUAAAGAAUGUGAGCGUGGUUGCUUUUGAGGGCAACCGAAGCGCCCACUGGCCAGUGGGGAUCAAUCCACCCUUUGAGCCUAAAUCUCGGUUUGAAGUUCUGAAGUGGGAGUACUUCACAGAAAAGGAGAUUUAUUCAUGCAUCGAUGGCUCCCCUAAGUGUGAGCUGCGCGGCAUUGACAGCAUGGACGUGGCUGAUGUCAUCGACAUAGCCAUGGGAGAGCUGAACAAGAAGUACAAGCCUGUGUUACAUCUGAAGAAGCAGCAGCUGAUUAACGGCUACAGGCGCUUUGACCCUGUCAGGGGCAUGGAGUACACCUUGGACUUACAGAUGGAGGUUGUUAACCAGAAAGGUCACAGCCGUUCCAUCACCAAGCGGGUUCACCUGGUGCGACCUUUGAGUCGUAUAGAGAUCAUUCCCAUGCCCUAUGUCACUGAAGCUACAAGGGUUCACAUCAUUAUACCUCUCACCCAGCAGGAUCGGAACUAUGUUGACCAUUUCCUCGAAGUCUUUGCCUCUAAUGCCUUUGAGACGAAUGAAAAUUCCAUCCUAACAUUAUUGUUUAUUUAUGACCCAGUAGAGGCACAGCAAGUUAACCAGAAUGACAUAUUUGCCAGCGUGAAGACUCAGAUAAAUGCUUAUGAACGCAAAUACCCUACUGUGAAAAUCCCAUGGAUAAGUGUAAAGACGGAAACACCAUCCCAGAUCAAAUUCAUGGACAUUAUCUCAAAGAAGCACCCGGUCGACACGCUGUUCUUCCUAGCAAACGUCAACACAAAUGUCAACUCUGAAUUUUUGAACCGCUGCCGCAUGAACUCCAUUAACAACUGGCAGGUGUUCUUCCCCAUCCAUUUCCAGGACUUCAACCCUGAUGUGGCGUAUCACAACCAGCAGCGUCCAACCACAGUCGAUUUGGUCAAAGAUGCUGGCCAUUUUGACCGCAAAUCAUUUGAAGAGGCUUGUUUUUACAACUCUGACUAUAUGGCAACACGCACACGAAUGGCAGCGGACGUCCAAGAGAAUGAGGAGAUACUAGAGACCCUGGACAUCUACGACAUGUUCGUAAAGUAUUCCAGCCUGCAUGUAUUCAGAGCAGUGGAGCCUGCCUUGCAUCAGCAGUACCGUUACCAAGCCUGCAAUCCGAGGCUUAGUGAAGACAUCUAUCAUAGAUGUGUUCAGAGCAACUUGGAAGGUCUGGGUUCUCGCUCCCAGCUCGCCAUGCUGCUUUUUGAGCAAGAACAAGGUAACAGCACAUGAAAACACCAGAGAAACGUCUACGCCUGCAUGAGUUAAAAUGGAUGUUAACAGCUGUGCAAUUCUCUAAAUAGCCUCUUGAUGCAAGCUAGAAUUCGGUAUUUGAAACAUAAACACAAGAAACACUUGCAUCCAUUUUAACCUAAACAAUGUGUGUGGGUGUUGGUUUAACACAGCUUGACGUUCUCCAUCUUUCAGUGUGCAUCAAAGGUUAUUUGAUUUUUGUAACUUUAGUUUACUUAGUUUGGAAAUUUGAAUGCAGUACAUUCCUAAUGAAACCUUUUUCCUGAAAUGUUUACAACACUUGUCCACACAGAUGAGUUGCUAAACCAAAUGUUUUUGCUACUCUGAUGAUUCCUGAAACCUGGGUUGACUAAUUCUUGUGCACUAGGUUCCAGCAGUAGCUUCAGAGCCUUGAUGUACGGUUGGUUUAUCCAGUUCCUAUGAUUUAAGGUGUCCACCACUGUCACAGGACAACAUAAAUAACCCAUUGGAGUCAUGUUUUUCUCCACCUGUCAAGUAUUAUUCCAAUAUUCAGUUGGAUUUUUAUCCUGGUUUUGUGCACUCCACUGUUUUGCACUACGUGGGUAGCAUACAGCAGACGUGAAAUUAAGUGCAGGAUAUGGCUGCCUUGGGAUAUGUCUGAUGAGCCCAAAACAAGUGAACCAAAACAAUAAUUUGAAAGUGGCAGAAAGUGGCAGUGGCGUCAGAAGUACUAAGCAGUCAUUUGAUUCAAUGUUAACAUCAAAGCUGUCUUUAAAUUGAGCUGUGGUGUGUCACUCUAAUGAUAAAUGGCAGCACACAGUCUGUGUGUCCCUUCACAAAACAGCAUUUGAAAUACUGAGCUUUUGAUAUUUACUGAUUUGAGUAUUUACAAAAGCACACUGUACAUGUGCCUUGACUUUUCAUAUGCUGGCUGUGUUGAAAUUAUUUUUUUAUGCAUCACCAUUUUGCAAUCCACCCCUCAGGGGAUACCCAGCUGCUGUUUUUCGUCAGAAUUUUGGUAUUACAACAUGAUUACCCAAUACGAGCGGAUGGAAGGUAUUAUCUCUUCACUGUAGAUAAAGCCUGUUACAUUGGGGGGAUAAUUUAAUGUGUUGUAUUUAUGGAUGAUUUGGAAAUGUUAUGAUCCUUUCCACAGAUUUUAUACGUGCCUCAAAGCAGGGAAUGAUGUUUCUAGAAAGUGUGUCCUGUUGGUCUUAAGAGGUCAUAGAUGAGGGCUAGUGUACGUCUACCAGUAUACAGUUAGCCUGUGUAUAUCAGAGUUAAAGUCUUCUCCUUUCCACCCUUUCUUGAUGUU